AUGUUCAUCAAAAAAGGACCAACAACAGUCACUAGCAAUGGUGGUACUAGUAAAACCGAAAAUAACAAGAAGAAUUCCUCUGGUUCUACCACUCCAAAAAAGAAGAUUGAAAAGAUUACACCACAAAAAGAAGAAAUUGUUCCUGAUGAAGAUAUGAUGAUUUCGGAUGAUGAAAAUGUUGCUUCUGAAGAAACAACAAAACAGAAACAACAACCAAGUCAUCACAAGAAAGUUAAUGAUAGUUUGACAAGUAUUCUCUUUGGUGGAUAUAAAUCAGCAGCAAAGGAUCUUUCAAUUAAUUUAUUUAAUUCAUCAGAUGAGCUCAAUCUUCAAAAGAUAAUGACUGAUGAUGAAUUAAUAUUUGGUGAAACAAAAGCUAAGGUUUCUACCUUCAAUGAAUUGAAAUCUGACAUUGAGCAACAAGAUGAUUCUGAUUUAUUCUAUGUUGAAAAGCCUUCUAUUCAUCAAAAUGAUGAAAUGUUGGAUGAAGGUGAAGUUUCUAAAAAGAAGAUGAAGCUUAUUAAAUUAAAACCUGCUUGGGAAGAUGUUUAUACAAAGGAAUUACGUAUUGCCAAUGAUGAUGACGAAGAAGAAAUUGAGGAAAUUGACCAAGAUGGAAUUACUCAAAGUCUUGUUCAAGGAUUUUUAAAGAGAAAGAGAGAUGGACAAAAUUCUUCAAUUUUAUUAGGUUCAGAAUAUGAAAAGAAGAUGAGAAAGAUUUAUACACACUUAUUCCCAACUCCUCACUGGGCAAAACUCAAAGUUAAACAAUAUGAAAAUGAAAAUCAAGAUGGAACUGUAUCAAUUAGAGAAGAAAUCAUUGAUGAAAAUAAUUUGAAUCAAACUGCAGACGAAAUUUUACAAAAAUCCUCAGAAAAGACCAUUGUAGAAUCAUUGAAUAAUCUUGAUAGGUUUAAACUUGCCUAUCAAAAGCUUAAUGAUAUCAAUGGACAAGAACGUGUUGGACAAGUUUUCAGCAUUGCAUUCCAUCCAAAUCUUAAUAUUGCUGCCGUUUUGAACUCUGAUAAGAAGAUUAGAAUUUUCACUGUUGAUGGUGAACUCAACCCAAUUUUGGACAGACUGCAAAUAACCAACCAAGGUGAUAAUGACUUGAAGAGUAUUGCCUUCACAAAGGAUGGUAAAUCAAUUAUUUCAUUCUUGGAUAAAUCAGCCUACUUCCUCAUGACAGAUAUGGACAGUGGUAAAACAAGAAGAACUCAAAAGCUAUUCUCACGAAGGAGACGUGGUGAUGAGAAGGAAGGUGGUAAAUUCCUCUUACACAAUGCCUUUGAUGUUUCAAAUGAUAACAAACUUAUAGCAGUCGCUGAUGAUAUUGGUAGUGUCUUGCUCAUUUCUCGAAAGACUCUCAAUAUCAAACAUACAUUCACAUCCAACAUGACACAAGUUUCUGGUGUUACAUUCAGUGAAGAUUCCAAGACUUUGUUUGUUGUGGGUAAGGGUGGUAAGGUAUAUGUCUAUGAUGUAGAAAGUGAAAAGAUCAAACAUAUUUUCGCUGAUCAUGGUUCCAUUCAUACUCAUUCUGUUGCUGUUUCUCCUGAUAUGCAAUAUAUUGCCACCGGAUCAACAUCUGGUGCUGUGAAUCUCUAUCGUUGGGCAGAUGUUUUCAAUGGACAAGCUCCAAAACCUCUUGGAACAUUUAUGAAUUUGACAACCACUGCCAAUUAUUUAAGGUUUACCUCUGAUUCUCAAUUGUUGCUUUUUGCUUCCACUGAAAAAUCGAAUGCAUUCCGUUUUGCUCACAUUUCCUCCCUCUAUGUCUAUUCCAAUUUCCCUGGUGAAAUUAGUAUGAAGAAACAAUAUUCUUUCAAUUCAAUAACUUUGAGUUCAUCAUCGAGUUUCCUCUCAUUGGGUUGUCAAAGUGGACCAGUCAUUCUUUUCAAACUUCCAUACUAUGCUAAUAAACAAUAA